UCAUACUUACAAGCCAACUCGACCAUUUCACUUAUAAAUUUGCUCUAGAAACAUAUAGUUUUUAUACUAAGAUAGAAAAUAUCAAAUAUGUCUAAGGGAAGAGGCAGUGCAGCUAUGAACAUGGUCAUUGUGAUUUCACUGCUGUGCCUUAUGGUUCUGGCAAAAAGUACUAACGCAGAAACUUACACCGUUGGAGGACCUAAGGGAUGGACCUUCGGCAUUAAGAAGUGGCCUAAUGGAAAAUCGUUUGUUGCUGGUGAUGUGCUUGAUUUUGGCUAUAAUCCAAAGAUGCACAAUGUGGUUUUGGUGGACCAAACUGGAUACGACAAAUGCAAGACACCAGAAGGUUCUAAAGUGUUCAGAACAGGGAGUGACCAAAUCGAGCUAGUAAAGGGAGACAACUACUUCAUAUGCAACCUUCCAGGUCACUGCCAAUCUGGGAUGAAGAUUUACAUCAAUGCAGCUUAGUGUUCAAAGCUAAGUGACUACAUUGAUUAGUUAAUUGAUGGUCAAUUAGCUAGUGGUUAUUUCGAUCUCUUUAAUUAUUAUAAAAAAUAAUAGCAUGAAUACUGGUUAUUGUGUGUUAACUAGCAACGUACAUGGGAGAAGGAAACACUUCUGUUUUUUUGUAUGUUUUAAAUAAGUUUGUAUGCAAAGUAAAAUUUAUAUACUAUUAUAUAAAUAGUUCUAAGAAAAGAGAAAUAAAUGGAAAUUAGUUCACCAAAAUACAAAGAAUAAUAAGAUUGAUUUUAUAUA